UCCCAUUAAUCCACUCUCCUUUUUCUCUGAACAAAACGCCAACGCCAUCACCAAGCGCACUCACAAAGCUAGACCUUAGGGGGAAGCCAGGGAUGGAGAGAUAAUAGAUAUCCAUAUUCUUGAGUCGCAGGCUCUCAUGGACUUCUUCUGCUUCUUCUCUCAGAUCUUGCUAUAGUAAUACCCACUUUCUCGCCUGCAUUCCUCGCUCUCUCCCCUUCAAGAUUCUUUAUCUUUCUCACUUUUAAUCGUUCCCCAAUCCUUCCCAUCUUCAUUUUCGUUCCGUUUCGGCUUCAUUCUUACUCGGUUAGUUUUUUUUUUCCACCGUCCUUUUUCCGGGAAAAUCUGAACUGGCCUAGUUGUUGAACUGAUUCUUGCUCUUUUUGGGCCAGUUCGGUAUUGAUUUUUCCACGUUUGAGGCUGAUCACUUGAUUGUUACCACUGAGGUUUACGGGUUUUAGCGAGUUUUGUGGGGAGGUUUUGGGAGAGUUUGAUUUUGUACGUUUCAUUUAGUGGCAUUUACAGUUUGUUUGGUGGAUUGGGAGUUGGAUUUUCUGGGAAAGUGAGAACUUCUGGAUUGGUGAUGAUGUGAUUGUGGAAGAAGGAAUAGGAGGGUAUGGAUGAUAGAGGUGACUCAUUCGUUGCUGUCAGGAGGAUCUCGCAGGGUCUUGACAGAGGCAAUACCUGCCAUUCAACUUCUGCUGAGGUUGUGGCAGGAUCAGCUGCAUGGCUUGGCAGAGGUUUAUCCUGUGUCUGUGCACAGAGGAGAGAGAGUGAUGCUCGUCCCUCGUUUGAUUUGACUCCAGCCCAGGAGGAGUGCCUGCAGAGGCUACAGAACCGUAUAGAUAUUCCCUAUGAUGGUUCGAUACCAGAGCACCAGGAUGCCUUAAGGGCUUUAUGGAAUGCUGCCUUUCCUGAGGAAGAACUGCAUGGUCUGAUAUCUGAACAGUGGAAGGAAAUGGGAUGGCAAGGAAAAGACCCAUCAACAGACUUUAGGGGCGGCGGUUUCAUAUCAUUGGAGAAUUUGCUGUUCUUUGCCAGAAAUUUUCCGAAAUCUUUUCAAGACCUUUUGAGGAAGCAGGAAGGAGAUCGUUCAGUUUGGGAAUACCCAUUUGCUGUUGCUGGUGUGAAUAUCACAUUCAUGCUUAUUCAGAUGCUUGAUCUUGAAGCAGUCAAGCCACGGACAAUGGUGGGAGCCAUUUUCUUGAAGUUUCUUGCAGAGAAUGAAUCAGCUUUCGAUCUUCUUUAUUGCAUAACAUUCAAGUUGAUGGAUCAUCAAUGGCUUGCUAUGCGAGCGUCUUACAUGGAUUUUAAUGCAGUAAUGAAAGCUACACGCCGUCAGCUGGAGAAAGAGCUUCUGGUGGAAGACUUGACACGGCUAGAAGAUUUGCCCUCAUACAAGCUUCUUGCGCGAUAGACAUUAGUCCAUGUCUACAAGCUGCAGCUUGAAGGUCUUUGUACAUCAUGUAAUGCUCCUCAGCAUAAUUUUUCUUCCAGUCAAUUUGGCAUUUAACCUGAAUUUUCAACUAAACCGAGCUCAAAAUAAGAGUGAGGGCCAACCUAAGAAAGAUGUCAUCGAGAUUUUAAACGGGGCAUAACCUUGGUCUAGUUGGAGGAUGAUAUUUUAUCAGACACAACUGCCAGGUCAUGAAAUGUAGUUUGGUUGGUACCAAAAAGGAAUUUUAGGUAGAAAUGAAUUCUGGUUUCUCAGUAUGUAUUUUCUGAGCUCCAUUAAUGGGAUAAUGCAGCUUGGAGCGGUAUUGUAUAACAGGCUUCUCUUUGCAUUUAUCUCUUCUCGUAUGUCAAGGAAUCCGAACACUGCUUAUUUGAGUCCAAAGAGAAAUUCCCACA